AUGAGUCACUUCUAUGAGCCUCUGGUCGGUGCUCAAGAGCCCGUGUGGUCGGAGGUCGCGCAGCCUCAAGAGAUCUGCCUCGGGCACACUCUGUGUUCCCGGCCGCAGGCGGAGGACAGACCCGUGGAGUGCGGGUGGCGCAUGCUGAUGACGACCUCCGAGCUUCUGUGUCGCAACCACGCGCUGUUUUAUUUCCGAGGGGGGUCUCACGUCGCCACGUCCCCCCGCGGUGUCAAGGACACCCCUGCCCCUGCAGCCCCGGCCGCGCUCCGGAGUGCCUCGCAGCUUGUUCAAGUCGAGGCCCGAGGAGCCGUCAUCACUUGGGCGUGGUUCGAACCUUGGGUGUCGGGCCGAGAUGGGAACAGUGUUGGCUCUCGUGUCGACAUCCCCCCCUCCCUCCUGCAGGCCCUGACCCUCUGGCGCGGUCAGUUGCGCCAAGACGACCCUCGGCGGUCACGUCGCCAGCGGCGCUGCCUCGACCCGGAGCCUCUGCCAGCCGCGCUCGCCCCGAUGCAGGGUGUCGCGCUCUCGCACCGGCAAGGGCGCAUGGCCAACAGACUGGCGGAGCUGCCCCCCGUGGGGGUGGUUGCCGCCCCCGUGAGGGUCACGGUGCACUACCGCCCCCAGCAGGCCGCCCCCCGCCGCCCCGCCGCCCGCUACACGCGCAGCAUCUCGGACCAGCUGGACCGAGCCGCAGGGCUGAGGUACGUCGGCGCGCAGGAUGGGGCGCGACGCGUGAGGUUCGAGCUCCCGCCGGCGGGCGGCAGCACCGGCGCGGCGCGGGCAGCGCCCCAAGUGGCGGGCGUGGACAGCUGGCUGCGGUCGCGGUGCGGCGCGGCGGACGGCAGUCGCGCGACAGCCACGGCGACGGCGGGCGGCGCAGCGAGGCCGCACCACGACACGUCGCGCUACCGCAAGGGCACGCUGCCUCCGACGGAGCACGCGGCGGCCGCCGGGCCCCUGGAGGCGGCGCAGGCCGUCAUCCGGGCGGCGCGGGACGGCGACGAAGAGGCGCUGACGGCGCUGCUGAGGCGGCCCGCCGGACAGCCUCAGGCCGACCUCAACUGCGUGGACAGCAGCGGCAGGACGGCGGUGAGCCACGCGGCGUCCUUCGGCUCCGUGGCGAUGCUGGAGGCGCUCCUGCGAGUGCCCGGGGUGGACGUCAACAAGCCUGACAAGGAGGGCAACACGCCCCUGCACUUCGCCGCGCAAGCAGGGCACGCGGAAGCCAUCAACUUCCUCCUGAGCCGCUGUCCCGGCAUCGAAGUGGACGCCAGGAACAACCUGGGCUUCACCCCGCUCAUGAAGGCAGCACUGCAAGGUCGCACCAAGGUCGCCAAGCUGCUGCUCUACGCCGGAGCGUCUCCCACGCUGAGGGACACCGGCAGAGGGCUGCGCGCGGAGCAGUGGGCUCGCUUCUGCGGGCGCUACGUGUGCGCUGAGGUGAUAGAGAAGCACGCGCGCCACAAGCUGCUGGACCGCUCCACGUCGUACGGGCGCUGGGGCAGCGAGCCCGAGAUGGCGGCACGGCUGCUGAUGGGCGCCCACGACCCCGCGCCCACGCGCCCAGGGUUCCGCUCCAAGCUGAAGAAGGCCUUCAGGCCGGGCGCGGCGGCCGCGGAGACGCCGCCGAGGCGCGGCUACUCCCUGGUGGGGCAGCUGACGACGGCAGUGCUGUGCGCCGGCAGCGCGGCGCUCCCGCCUCCCAGCGUGCCGCCCGCCAUCAAGUCCGUGAUGCGCCCGCUCAGCGUGCCACGCCUGCAGGUGACACUGGCUGGAGGCGAGGCGGUCGAGGCCGUGGAGGAGAAGCAGUUGGCGCCGGCGCUCGACGCCAAGAGGAGGAGCAAGAAGAAGAAAUAACAGUUACUGGAGCCGCCACGCGUUGCUGGGUCUGCACACAGACACUUCCUGUGUUGACUGCCCGACACACACUCAACCACGCGCUCCGUUCCACAACACUGCUCCUUGUCCCGUCAUCCCUAACUCAGCAUUUGUAAACAUAAACCAAUUCUCUUACAGGUACCAAAAGUUAUUACUAAGUUCAUUAGACAUCAGAAAUUCAGUGCAAAAAUGUGUUGAAUUAUGUAUUUUCACGUAGGUACCAAUAUACGUAUAUUAUUUUCCACUUUUAACUUAAAAUAUGACACACACCUACCUUGUUAUAAAAAUCUACAUGAUCCCAGGGAAAACAUACAAGCAUUUACAAAGCAUAUAAGAAGUACAUCAGUGAAAGGUCUGAUCGCCGGGCUUUCUAUGGUUAAACUCAGUCUUUUAUCAGGCAUCACCCAGGCAGCUCAAGUUUAGAAUUUUCUGGGUGGAUUGCAGCGUUUACCUUGACCUUCAGCUCACAUUACUGCGCAGCGAGCAAUUUUACUUUGCUCAGUGUGUAUCAUUGCUGUCUGUAUUCAUUUUAAUAGUGUUUUCUGUUUUGAAAAAGGUUUACUUUACACAUUUAGUACUCUCGUUGAAGCUAUAUUGACUUUCGAUAAUCCAGCAAAAUCACUAAUCCUAAUCCAUUGUGGCCAUUGUCUCGAACAUGCUGGAUUUAAUAGGUAACUUCCCCUCAACAAGUGAUGUGUCAGUCCAUAAGCGUAUUAAGUAGAUUUUUUAUUUAUGGAAAGAAAACGUGAAAAUAUAGAUUAUUGGUUUCUAUGUGACAUAGUGUUUUAAUUGCUGAACAUGGUUUUAAAAUUAAACUUAUUUCAUUUGCUUAAAAUGAAAUCAAAAGAAAUUCUCCUCUUUAAAACUACUAUCAUAUCAAUGAAAUUACAUGCAUUCUUUAUUCAGUUUUUACACCCUGCUCAGCUUCUGAGUGAGAUGUGAUGGAAAAAUAAUAUUUUAAUUAAAGUGACCUCAAAUCAAAUUUAUCCCAAAAAUAUUCAACCAUACAAGAACAGACUUAAGUCUUUUGGCACAUAAAUUUUGCUCUCGAAUUCAGCUAUUGCUUGAAAGUGUUACUAAAACUUAUCGCUAUCUGUGUAUCGCACAGCCUCUUUACUACAAAAUUCUGAGUUUCAAGAGAAAUAACUUAAACAUGUGUCCUUAGCUAUUACUAGGGAUGAAUUUUUCUGAAUUUCAAUAAACUGAAAUAACUACAAAAUUAUCAUGUCAAUGCACCACGUAGCACUGAAAAGCAAUAAAAUCAUGGAAUUUUAACAAAAUUUAAUUUAAAACACAAAAGUAUAAACUUUUACUAUAUUAAAUUCAAUGAACGUUAUUUAUUCGUACAAAGUUUUAACAAAAUGUAAGGAACUAAUAAAUAGGCAAAAAAUAAUAAACUCUCUUGGCUUUUGAAGUGGAAGCCACAUUGAAGUGGUUAAGUAGUUUGUACAUGCGGCAUUGCGGAGAGGAAUUUUGGUACAAUCUACUUCAAUGAAAAAAUUAAUUUUUAAUUUUUAAUCUUUAAUUUUUUAUGAACUCAUAUUUAUUUACAUUACCAUUUGUGGAUUUGUCAAACACAUAGAUGUUUACAGAUUUAGUUGUAUAAUUCCUAGUAAAUCUGUCCUAGACAUCCAAAUUAUUAUUCUUUAUAUGAAUAAAAAAAAAAAAUCAAAAUUUUGUUUUUAAAUAUGAAAUCAACCAAAUAAUUCAAAAAACAAUAAAAUCUCUUCUACAGCUGGCUAUCACAUAUUUGGUACUUUUCAAAGGAUGAACUAGGACAGGCUUUCCUUGAAACAAUAUCAUUAUUGAGAAACAAGUUGGUGUGUGUUAGGCAACGAGAGUGUCAGUGGUCGCUCUGUGGUGAAAACAAGUUGCAUCUCGACAAUGGGCAAGACCGAUGGACAAAGUUGAAGUCUUCUUGCAGUAACUUUGUGAAAAGCAACAGCUUGUGGCUCGCAACAGGAAACCGGUUUGAAACACGGUUUAUUGAGUUUCAGAAACGUUGCAGCUAUUGCUUGUUCACAAACAGUAGUGGACUUUUUAUGAUAAACUUUUAAGAUCUUGCAUUUAAAACCUUUAAAUUAACAUGUAAUCAAGGUAUUUUGACUGUAUGGAGUAAUGAAUUUCUAUAAACAUUUAAAAAAUGUACAGUAAUAAGAUUUGGAUAGAAGCCAGAUAUUUGUGUACAGUUUGUGAUGGAAAUCUCAAAAUGCACAUCAGAAAUACUGUCAGGAUAACUUAGAUCUCACAGAAAUGUUCUCAAGUCAUUUUAUUAGUAACAAUUUUUUUAAGUUAACUUUUCAAAUACAAAAAUACCAAAUAAUAUAAAUUCUAAAAUGUUUUUUGCAGGUUUUCAUUAUUCCAGAUAAUAAAACUAUCCACACCACAUUCUCCAACACCACCAUUAACAUUAAAUACUUCCACCAGUUUAAACACCUUAAAAUCCUUCCAUUCUGCCAGAUUCUGAAAUAACAUAGCACUUGCACUAAACAUUUAGUGAAUGUUACGACUGCAAAUAAGGACCUUUUCUCUCUUUGAAACCACAAGUGAAAAUGUUGAGAAUAAGAAGCUGAAUAUUUCUAACAUCUCAAAAGGAACAAAAAAAAAGUUUAAAAAAAAUACGUUCCUUUAGAAGUAAAACUGCUCUGUUAUGGUAUGCACAAUCAUUACUUGAUUCAUUUAACAAAGGAAUUAAGGGACAAAACUAUAAACCUACUUAAAAGUAAAAGGUAAUCUUGUACAUGCCACAGUAUUUCAACAUGGCUCACCAACUGCAGUCAACUACCAAGCAACGUAAAAACAUUUGAGUGUGUGGUGAAACAAACAAUGUUUGACUUAAUGUAUUCUACUCUUGAUGUAUAUAAAUUUUUUUCUAACACUGAACAUAGUUAUUCAAAGAAAACCUACUUUCUGUAAAUAUUAAUGCACAUUUGUUAAUGUUACAUUCAGAACAACUGAAGUUUACUAUUCAUACGUAUGUAUUUUUUAUAUUAUGCAUCAAAUUUUGCAUAAAAGUUAAAGUUUUAUUCUAAUGUGUGAAAAUUUCUACACAAAAUGAAUGUGAAACAAUUUGAGUAUGUAUUACUAAUAGAUAUAUGAAGAAAUUGUACGGCUGAAAAUGUAUCUUUUCUAUGUUGUAUACUAUAAAAGACUGUAUUAAGACCAUGGCUCUUCCUUAA